AUGGAAACAACAACCACUGAGAAUGGAGGUGGAGGAACCAGUGGGUCAAAAGAUUACAAAAAGCCAACUGCUGCUGCACUGAAAGGAGCCAUCCAGCUGGGCAUUGGGUAUGCUGUGGGGAACCUGAUAUCCAAGCCUGACAGAGAUGUGCUCAUGCAGGAUUUCUACAUGGUGGAGAGUGUCUUUCUACCCAGUGAGGGGAGCAACAUGACCCCAGCGCACCACUUCCCAGACUUCCGCCUCAAAACCCCUCUCGCCUUCCGCUACUUUAGGGAGCUCUUUGGCAUCAAAGCAGAUGACUACCUGUACUCCAUCUGUAAUGAGCCUCUGAUCGAGCUGUCCAACCCUGGGGCCAGCAGUUCCUGGUUCUACCUGACCAGCGACGAUGAGUUCAUCAUUAAGACAGUGGAGCAUAAAGAGGCUGAGUUCCUGCAGAAACUCCUUCCUGGUUACUACAUGAAUCUGAAUCAGAACCCGAGGACACUGCUACCUAAGUUCUACGGCCUGUACUGCAUCCAGUGUGCCGGGGUCAACAUCCGUCUGGUGGUGAUGAACAACGUGUUGCCCAGGGCCCUCCAGAUGCACUACAAAUACGACCUGAAGGGCUCCACCUACAAACGCCACGCCUCGUGCAAGGAACGCGCCAAGUUCUCACCGACCUUCAAAGACCUGGACUUCCAGGAGAUGCUUGAGGGCCUGCACUUUGAUGGCGACACGUACAGUGCCUUAAUGAAGACACUGCAGAGGGACUGCAGGGUCCUGGAGAGCUUUAAGAUCAUGGACUACAGCCUCCUGCUGGGGGUGCAUGUGCAGGACAAGAAAUGUCUGGACAGGGGGGCCAGGGCGGACAGUAAGCGCCUCAAUGGCCAGAGGGUCCUCUACUCCACCGCCCUGGAGUCCAUCCAAGGGGAUGGGGACGGCAAGGUUGCAGAGCCAGUGGCCGACGAUGACACAAUGGGUGGAAUUCCAGCUAAACACAAAGAUGAGAAGCUGCUGAUCUUCUUAGGGAUCAUUGACAUCCUCCAGUCCUACCGGUUCAUCAAGAAGGUGGAGCACUCCUGGAAAGCCCUCGUACACGAUGGGGAUACAGUGUCAGUUCACAGGCCCGGUUUCUAUGCAGACAGAUUUUUGAAGUUCAUGGGCGGCACUGUAUUCAAAAAUAUCCGUCCUCUAAGAGGAGCAUCCUCCAAGAGGAAGAGGAGCUCCAUCCAUGCGAUGAGGUCAGCCUCCCAGGAGGUACUGUCCCCCCAAAAGGAGGAGAAGAAGGACGAGAGAAAGGCCCAAAGCAUGGAGAGCCUGGGCGGACAAUUAAUGAGUUCCUCCAAGCACCCUGACCUAGUCCUACUUCCGAAAUGUUUAAAUCAGGCUGUUUCCUCAUCCUUCUCCACUCUUGAGAAGAUCAAGAAAGACCUUGAGGAACACCUUGAGGAGCAUCUGGAGAAUAGUGAUAACCAUUGUGACUCCAGUGCAAAUGUGGCCCUGGAUGACACAGUCCCCUCUCCCCAUACCCAGGGCAGCCCAGACUCUACGCAAUGUCUACUUGUGAAGACGUGUGGAAGAAGAUGAAAAGUCCCUUCCCACAGCAUCACUAAAUAGAUAAUGAUCUCUUUAAGCAUCAACUGCACAUAAAAACGCUAUUAUGACAGUGCUCCAAUACAGACUGUCCUGCCUUUUGAAGUCAUGACCUGCACUGUAAAGCACCUUUCUCCUGCUACCGUACACUUUGCUGCUACUUUAAAAUCAGGGACAAUCCUAAAGUUUUCGAAUGGAGAUUACUAGCAACAGUCACCUUGUGGAACAUGCCAAAUCACUUCUAUUCAAUGCUUCUCUAGCAAAGCUCUAUUUGUAUGCACAUCCAUGUGAUUGAUUAUGGAUUUUAAUGUUGAAAUAUCACUAAUGACAAUGUUCAAAUCUCUGAGGCUGGAUUCCUGAAAAAUGUGAUCUGUAAAUGUUAUUUGAUUAAAUAGGAAGCAUUAAAAAAAAUGUAUAUACAUGCAUAAAGAUACAGAAUUUAAUGAAAAUAAAUCUAGAAUAGUACAAGAAAAUACUGUAUUGAGCAAAUGCUUUAUGUAACGGAUGUGAAACGGCUAGCUUAGCUAGCGGUGCGCGCUAAAUAGCGUUUCGAUCAGUGACGUCACUUGCUCUGAGACCUUGAAGUAGUAGCCGCGGCUUUUGUGGAGCGAUGGGUAACAGUUGUUGAUGUGUGCAGAGGGUCCCUGGUUCGCGCCCAGGUAUGGGCGAGAGGACGGUCUAAAGUUAUACUGUUACAUGACAUACUUUUGAGACUCCCAAAAUCAACCCAUUAAGUCAUAUCACAAUCAGUGCAGUAGACCUUGGACACCAGGGAGCACACAAUGUAGUGGGAAUUUAAGGCUUGCACACAUAGCACCGAAUGUGGUUCUAGCAUUUGUCUGCCAAUCGUUCAGCACGCUGUGUUUUAGGGACCACCCGCUGUACAUGUCUGACUGCCAAAAUAUUUCUGGCGAUUCUACAUGUAAAAUUGAUUCGCAGUUGUUUUGCAAAGUAUAUUCAGACGUGCUAAAUAGUCCUACUCUUGGCCAGCAAAUGCUAUCGGUGUGUCUGAGCCCUUAGUUGCCAAUCAAUGUUCCAUGCAUUGAAUUAGUCAAGAUUGUAAAACAGUGCCAUGGUGAAAGAAUACCUUCGAAGGCCUAUGUUAUGUAGCUAAAGACAUGUGAUUAUGCCAUAUCACGAAGUGUCUUCCUUUCAUGAUCACACAUUUUAUAAUGCAUUUCAUAUAGGUGUAGGCCCAUUAAUGAUCAGGCAUGAUUGCACAUUUUAUUUGUUUUAAAAUGAUGUAUUUCAAGAUCUUUUUUUUUUUAAAUGUACAGUUGGCAUAAUAUGUAUAUUGUAUUUUAAAAUAAUUAGUCUUCUAUAAAUAUUUGUCUGUCAAAUAAAAUCAGAUUUUAUGCC